AUGUCGGCCGAUACACUCUCACUCGCUGGAAAGACUGCUCUGGUGACAGGUUCUGGCAGAGAGACCGGCAUCGGAGCCGCUAUCGCCAGAGCUCUGGCCCGGAACGGCGCGUCUGUGGCCAUUCAUUAUGUUUCGGAAACUUCCAAGGCGCGGGCUGAGAAAGUCGCAAGUAACAUCACCAAGGAGUAUGGCACCCGAACCACCGUCGUACAAGGAGCGCUGGAAACCCAGGAGACUUCGAAGAACAUGGUGGAGCAGAUUCUGAAAGCAUUCGGCGUCGACCACAUCGACAUUCUCGUCAACAACGCAGCUACUGCACAAAACACACCUCUCUUGGAAGUCAAACAAGAGCAGCUCGAACAUGAAUUCGCCGCCAACGUCUUCAGCGUGGUUUACAUGACCCAAGCUGUUGUUGGCGUGGGUCGAAUGCCGCAGGGCGGCCGCAUCGUCAACAUCGGCUCCAUCGGCUCCAAGGUUCUGAUCCCACCCGCGGUAUACAGUGCGACAAAAGCUGCAAUGGAUGCGCUGACAACGCUAUGGGCUGGCGAGCUUGGCAAGAGCCAUGGAAUUACCGUCAAUACGCUCGCACCGGGUCCAGUCCCGACAGAUCGGUCGAAAGAUUAUCUCGUGGCCCCUGACGGGUCUCCCACUCCCGUACAGCUUGCUAUGUAUGAAGCGACGCGAGCUGCGAAUCGCCUCGGGACUCCGGAGGAUGUGGCUGAUGCUACGCUUCUGCUGGUAUCAGAAAAGAGCCGGUGGAUCACGGCACAGUAUAUUUCAGUCAGCGGCGGAAUCACAGGGACUAGCUGA